CCAGGGGGCGCUGUUGGUGCCGCCAUGGCCGCCGCGGUGCUGCUGGGCUGCGCCGCCAUCGCGCUCGGGCCCGCGGCCGCGCUCGUGCUGCUCACGGUGGCGGCGGAGCCGCUGCUUCUCAUCGUGCUGCUGGCGGGGGCGUUUUUCUGGCUGCUGUCGCUGCUGGCCGCCUCGCUGCUCUGGUCCGUGUGGGUGCAGCUCAGCGGGCGGGAGGACGCGGCGCUGCUGCCGCUCGGAGCCGCCGCCGCGGUGCUGCUGCAGGAGCUCAGCCGCUUCGCCUGCUUCAAAAUGCUCAAGAAGGCCGAUGCAGGGCUGGCCACCCUCAGCAAGGACGGGCGCUCCCCGCUCUCCCUGCGGCGCACGGCUUACGUGUCUGGGCUCUCCUUUGGCAUCAUCAGUGGCCUCUUCUCCAUCACCAACAUCCUGGCGGACUCUGCAGGGCCAGGCACCGUUGGGAUCCACGGGGACUCCCCAUAUUUCUUCAUCACCUCUGCCUUCCUCACCAUGGCCUUGGUUCUGCUCCACACCUUUUGGGGCAUCAUCUUCUUCGACGCCUGUGAGCGGCGCCGCGCCGGGGGCCUGGGGCUGGUGGUGGGCAGCCACCUGCUCACCUCGGGGCUGACCUUCCUGAACCCGUGGUACGAGGCCAGCCUGGGCCCCAUCCUCAUCCUCACGCUCUGCACUGGCCUCUGGGCCUUCAGCACCGCUGGUGGCUCCUUCCACAACGUCCUCAAGUGCCUCUCAUGUAAGCAGGAGCCUGAGGGCCAGGCCAUGCUCUGCUCGGCGCUGCAGGUGCCUCCUGAGGGCUGAGGGAGCCGUGGCCCCACAGCCAGACCCUCCUGUGAAAGCCUUCACCCCUCCUGCUCCGGGGGAAUUUGUGUCUGCCCAGUGCCUGGGGCCCUUUGGGGUCUGACCACCACCCUCUUCCCUUUGUUCCCAGAUUCUCUGAACUCCUUUCCCUCAGUUUGAGCAUCUGGGGAAGGCCAGGGUGGGCCAGAUGCCCUGGGGGGAGUCAGGGCAGGACCCCCCCAUUUCCCUGUGUUUGUCACCCUGGGGGUGUCCCCACCCCUGGUGAUGCUCUGGGCGUGGGGGACACCGGGACUGGGAUGCUCAGCCCUUCUCGCCCCUGUUCAGUCCCAGGGGAGUAAAUUAUUUUUUUAAUUAAGAGUAAAACCGUUUUACAAAACCA